GUUACUUGAUUUCAUUGAGAGUCUUCAGAGUUCAGAGCAUUCCUACAACAGCUAUGGAGUCAAAGGCUCACCGGAGGUCAGAUUUUCCGGCUAGUGUACCGUUUCAUUUCUUCAGAAUAAUACUUCAGCCAGACAUGCAGAGACAGAAACUGAGGCUUCCACCAAAGUUUGUGGCGAAAUUUGGGAAAGAAUUGUCCGAUGUUGCUAUACUGACUGUUCCCACUGGCCGUGUUUGGCAAGUGGGUUUGGAAAGAGUUGACAAAAGAAUUUGGUUUGUUAAAGAUUGGCAGGCUUUGGCAGAAUACUAUUCUCUCCGUUAUGGGGACUUCCUAGAAUUUAGAUAUGAAGGGAAUUCAAAUUUCCGCGUUUUAAUAUUUGAUAUGACUUGUUCUGAGAUUGCCUACCCUUGUCAAGAGCAAAGUUCUGAUUUGCAUUCUAUGGGGAUUCAUGAAGAGGAUAUGGAAAAUGAUGGUGUUUGUGACACUUUAGGUACCGCAACUCCUCUUUCUCAUGCUUCAAUGAAAAGAAAAUGCAAAUGUCUAGACAAACAUGUUCUUGAAAGAAGACAUGUUUUGCACCCUGGCUCGAAUCUUAACAAAUGUAUCAAAAGAGGUGUUACCAGCAAGGAGAAUAUGCUAUAUCAGUCUGACAAUGAGACGAGAAGAAAGAAGACUAGAUAUGUAGAUGAAGGAGACACAAUCAACUCAAGUAGUGUGAUGAAAUCAGCGCCAGCUAGUUUGAAGGAAAAUAGAAUGCCAAGCUCUCUGGAAUUAUUAACAAAACAGAAUGAUGAUAAGAAAGUGAUCCAGGCUACUAGAAUGUUCAAGCCGAAAAAUCCUUUUUUCUCAAUUAUCUUGCAGCCAUUUAACUUCACUUAUUGCUAUUUGCAUGUGCCUACUGACUUUGCUGAGAAAUAUUUGAGUGGGUGUUCAGAAUCCAUCAAACUUCAGGGUUCUCAUGGAAAGCAGUGGGAUGUUCGAUUUGUGUCUACAAAUCCUUCACUUCCGAUAAUAUGCAGGGGUUGCAUUCAGUUUUUGACAGACAACAAUUUGGAAGAGGGAGAUGUCUGUCUUUUUGAGCUGAUGAAAAGCAAAGCUGACGUGGUUCUAAAAGUUUCAAUACUUCGUGCAGCUGAAUAUGAAGACACAAUAGACUCAAGUAAUGUGAAGAAAUCAAAGCGGGCCAUGCUGAAUCAGAAUAGAAUGCGUGGCUCACAGGAUUUCUCCACAGGACAGAAUAAAGAUGAUGGAAUGUUUGCUUUUGACAUUUUUUCUCACACUUAUCCUAAAUGGAAACUUAAGUUUCCCAAAGAGUGUGAGAAGGUGACCUAUGCUACCAGAAUGUUCAAUCUGAAAAAUCCUUUUUUCGCUGUCAUCUUGCAGUUCAAUAACUACCAUCUGUUAAUUCCUGUUCCCUUUGCUAGGAGAUAUUUGAGUAGCUGCGCAGAAUUUAUCAAACUACAGGAUUCCAAUGGUGGCCAAUGGGAUGUCCAAUGCAGUUCUACAAAUGCUUCAAGUUCAGUCCUUAGAUUCGGCAGGGGAUACAAUGUAUUUUUGACAGACAAGAAUUUGGAGCAAGGAGAUGUAUGUCUCUUUGAGCUGAUAAAAAGGAAUGAUGUUUUGCUAAAAGUUUCAGUACUCCGUGCUUCUGAAUAUGAAGACAUGGUCCAUGAUAAAGAGAAGAAACUUGAUGAGAUUAAGAGCAGAAGUUAUAGAAAUGGACAUGAGGAAGAGAUACCAGAGCUAGUUGGGAGACUUAAUGAAAAGGGAAGGUCUCCCUCACACAAGUUGUCUGCGGAAGAUGAAGGAAACACAGAAUUUUGCAAUAGUGGAACUUUGUAUUAUUCUUCUAAGAUAGAAAAGAUAGUGAUGUCCAAAGAAAGCAGGAGGGCGUUCAAUGCUGCCAAAAAGUUCAAGACAGAAAAUCCUGCCUUCCUUGUAUUCUUGCGACAUUAUCACAAGUCUUUUCUGGUAGUGCCUGCUGAAUUUGGUACUAAGCAUCUGGGGUAUGAAUGCCCAAUAUUCAUUACACUUGAGGCGCCUAAUGGAAAGCGGUGUCAUGUUCGCUGCAUUUAUGCUACUGAUAGGAAAAAAAUAUCUGGUGGAUGGAGUGCAUUCUCCUCAGAAAAUAAUUUGGAAGAAGGGGAUGUUUGUGUAUUUGAGCUGACCGCAAGUAAAGAUGUUGAGCUGAAGGCUUCAAUAUUUCGUGCAGCAGAAUUUGCGGACUAGUAAAUUAACAAAUGUUCCAAUUGUUGUACUGCUGUCUAAGUUUGUAGCUCCUGAGUUUUGGAUGUGCACAAGCAGUGUCAAGAAAACUGCCCUUUCUUUGGUAUUUUGUAUAGAGAGUUGGCUUCUUGACUUUACACAUGCUAUAUUUUGGUUGUAUGGUAUUGCCAAUAUGUAAAUCUUUUGCAGGAGAGCUACAAAGGGAAUUGGGUAAUGUUUUUAUUCGUAAUGACUAGUGAGAUUCUCUUGUUAAAUAUUGCUGAUUUUGGUUUCAACUGA